AUGUCAUCUUCGUCUCUGGCAGAUCAAAAGAACGAAAUGUUGUUGUACUCAUACAACCAUGUCAUGCACGGUUUCAGUGCCAGGCUUACAGCUUCUCAACUGUCCAAAUUGGAGGAAUCUCCGGCUCAUGUUGCCACGUAUCCGGAGUCUUUUGGUAAGCUCUUGACAACACACAGCUCCAAGUUUCUAGGCCUGAGACGGAACUCAGGCUUAUUGCUUGCUUCCUCGUCUGGCCAAGAUGUGAUCAUAGGAAUCAUAGAUACCGGAGUUUGGCCAGAGAGCGAGAGUUUCGGUGAUAGGGGAAUGUCUGAAGUGCCAAAAAGAUGGAAAGGCACUUGCGAGAAUGGAACAUAUUUCACCCCAUCUCUCUGCAACAACAAGCUCAUUGGGGCUCGAUCCUUUAGCAAAGGCCUGAAAGCAGCAGGAAUUAAAAUCUCCACAAAAAAUGACUUCGAUUCACCACGGGACUGGUUUGGUCAUGGAAGUCACACUUCGUCAACAGCUGCAGGUAACCAUGUACCCGGUGCAAGUCAUUUCGGAUAUGCAAAAGGCACGGCAAGAGGGGUGGCGCCACGAGCCCAUGUUGCCAUGUACAAGGUCGCCUGGGCAACAGACUCAGAAAAGAGUUUCGCUAGUGAUGUGCUUGCAGGCAUGGACCAAGCAAUUUCUGAUGGUGUUGAUAUAAUGUCACUGUCUCUUGGUAUUGACUUCCUUCCUUAUUUCAACGAUGUCAUUGCCAUUGCUUCUCUUUCUGCAAUCGAACAAGGAAUUGUUGUGGUCUGUGCUGCUGGAAAUGACGGGAAAUACAGUACAACAUACAAUGGAGCACCCUGGAUCACAACAGUAGGAGCCGGAACUCUUGAUCGCACCUUCACUGCAACACUGACUCUAGAUAAUGGUUUGACGGUUGAAGGAACAUCGUACUUCCCCGAGAGCGUUUACAUUACUGAUGUGCCAUUGUACUACGGCAAAUACAAUGCAACGAAAGCAAUAUGCAAUACUGGGUCACUGGGUCACAACGAAGUGGCAGGAAAGGUAGUCCUUUGUGAUAAUACCACCGAGACUCCCGUCAAUGGAGUCGACUUCCAAAAGAAGGAGGUGGAGAGGGCAGGUGGUUAUGCUGGAAUCUUCAUGGCAGAUCUCUCACUUUUAGAGCCAGACGACUUCUCCAUUCCUGCUAUCAUUGUUCCAUUUGCUACAGGGGCCUUGAUUAGAGAGUAUGCAACGCAGGUCCAUACACCUAGAGUUAAGAUCCUGAGUUUUGUGCACACAAAUUUGGGUACAAAACCAUCACCGGAAGUAGCGUAUUUCUCUUCAAGAGGACCAGACCCAAUCACUCCUGGUAUUCUAAAACCAGACAUUCUUGCUCCAGGAGUCGAUGUGCUUGCUGCAGUUACACCUAACAACCCAUGCAUGGAAGUAAACAACUAUAAUCUAGUGACAGAUUAUGAACUAUAUUCAGGAUCAUCAAUGGCGGCACCCCAUGUCGCUGGUGUGGCAGCUCUGCUAAAGGCUGUUCACCGAAAAUGGAGUCCAGCAGCCAUCCGAUCGGCCAUCAUGACCACAGCAUACUCAACCGCCAAUUCUCACACCAGCAUACAAGACCAAUGGUCCGGUCUUCCAGCCACACCUUUAGAUUUUGGUGCAGGCCACAUCAACCCGAAUAAGGCCAUGAACCCCGGACUAGUCUAUGACAUGAAUGUGCAAGACUACAUUGAUUUUCUUUGUACCCUAGGGUACAAUGACAAGCAGAUGAAAGCUGUUAUUAGACGAAGCCAGUGGACUUGCAGACAGCCCCCUACCGAACUAAACUACCCCUCAUUUGUGGCCAUCUUCAACAAAACAGACUCUCCAAAAGCCAAAAACUUUAGCAGGGUCGUGACAAACGUGGGGGAUGAUACCUCCAUCUACCGAGCAUUUCUAGAAGUUCCUAGAGGAAUGAGGAUUACAGUAGAGCCUAAUUCUCUUACAUUCACCGGAAAAUAUCAGCAGCAAGGUUUUGUUUUGAAUGUAGAGAUCGAUAGCGAUGCUCCUAAGGUGAUCUACGGUUAUCUCAGAUGGGUUGAUCACCAUGAUCACAUGGUAUCAAGCCCUGUAGUGGCCAUUAAUAACUAG